AUGCUUAUCAUUCUGUACAUGCUGCUUUUUCAUAACCUUAAUGCAAAGGAGGAAAAAACAUUUUGCAAAAUGAUGGGAGACCCUAAAUACCCACUGCUGUAUAAGGAUGGAGAUAUUAUUAUUGGAGGACUUUUUGCAAUUCACAGUAAAGAGACAUUACCUUCUUUUGAGUUCACACAAAAACCUCAGCCUCUCUCAUGCUCCAGUGUGAAUCUAAGAGAUUUUCGGAUUGCUCAGAUUAUGACAUUUGCAAUUGAGGAGAUAAACAGAAAUACAUAUUUGCUCCCAAAUGUUUCUAUUGGCUACAGAAUUUAUGAUAGUUGUGGUUCAAGACUGUCGUCUAUGAGUGCAAUUAUAGCUUUGAUGAAUAAUCAGGAAUUUGCAGCAGGUCAAAGAUGCAAUGGACAGACUCCUAUACAUGCUAUCAUAGGAGAAACUGAGUCGUCAACCACAGUGAUUCUGUCCAGAACCACAGGACCUUUUAAAAUCCCAGUGAUAAGUCACUCAGCAUCAUGUGAAUGUCUCAGUAAUAGGAAAGAUUUUCCGUCUUUCUUCAGGACUAUUGCUAGUGAUUAUCAUCAGAGUAGAGCACUUGGAUACAUAGUCAAGCACUUCGGCUGGUCUUGGGUGGGAACUGUGAACAGUGACAAUGACUAUGGAAACAAUGGAAUGGCCAUAUUUCUGACUGCAGCCCAGGAAGAGGGCAUUUGUGUAGAGUACUCUGUGAAAUUCUACAGAACAGAGCCUGAAAAACUCCUCAGGGUAGUAAAUGUAAUUAAACAUAGCACAGCAAAAGUAAUUGUUGUAUUUAUUUCACUAAUUGAGAUGAGUUUGCUAACUGAGCAGCUAAGUAUACAGAACAUUACAGGCCUUCAAAUGAUAUCUGGGGAGGGAUGGAUAACUGCCAAGAAUUUGAUCAAUCCAAACAGUUUUCGUGUGCUGGGAGGAUCACUGGGUUUUGCAUUUAGAAAAAUCAACAUAGAAGGGUUUUCUGAUUAUGUUAUAAAGGCAUUUUGGGACAAAGCUUUUCAAUGCUCACAAGGAGAUGGAAAUUCAUCCCAAGAUGCAUUCAACUGCAGCAGAUAUCAGGAUCUGCUGGUGCUAAAAAACUAUAAUGAAGAUGUGCCAGAACAAAGAUAUACAAGCAAAGCUUACAAGUCAAUAUAUGCUGUGGCUUAUUCAUUACACAGACUUCUCAAAUGCAAAGCACAAGAUGGUUGUGAGAAAGACUUGACAAUACAACCACAGCAGGUGGUUGAUGGUUUGAAAAAAGUAAAUUUCACAGACACUUAUGGAGAUCGUGUGUGGUUUGACAGCACUGGGAGUGCUGUGCCGCAGUAUGAAAUUGUGAACUGGCAGCAGGAUUUUGAUGGAUCAAUUCAGUUUAAAGCAGUGGGUUACUAUGAUGCAUCACUGCCCCCUGACCAGCGCUUUGUGAUUAACACUGAAAACAUCAUCUGGGCUGGAGGACAGCUGCAGAAGCCAAUGUCUGUGUGCAGUGAGAGUUGUCCUCCUGGCACUAGGAAGGCUGGACAGAAAGGAAGACCUGUCUGCUGUUAUGACUGUAUUCCAUGUGCAGAUGGAGAAAUCAGUAAUGAGACAGAUUCAAAUAACUGUAUGCAGUGUCGAGGGGAAUUCUGGUCUAAUGCUGAUAAAAAUAAAUGUGUGUUAAAGACUGUAGAGUUUCUGUCAUACACAGAAUUCAUGGGUAUAGUGCUGGUCUUUUUCUCACUGUUUGGUGUAGGAAUAACUAUACUGGUCACAGUCCUGUUUUACAGUAAGAAGGACACCCCCAUAGUGAAAGCCAACAACUCAGAGCUGAGCUUCCUGCUGCUCUUCUCAUUGACUCUGUGUUUUCUCUGUUCACUUACUUUCAUUGGUCGCCCCACUGAGUGGUCUUGUAUGUUACGUCACACAGCGUUUGGGAUCACUUUUGUACUCUGUAUCUCUUGUGUUCUAGGGAAAACAAUAGUUGUGUUAAUGGCCUUCAAAGCCACAUUUCCAGGAAGUAAUGUCAUGAAAUGGUUUGGGCCCCCACAACAGAGAUUCAGUGUUCUUGCCUUUACACUUAUACAGAUUCUUAUCUGUGUGCUUUGGCUAACAAUAUCUCCUCCUUUUCCCUAUAUGAAUAUGAAAUAUUAUGAAGAGAAGAUCAUUCUUGAGUGUAGUCUGGGUUCUACUGCUGGUUUUUCUGCUGUACUGGGUUAUAUUGGUCUACUGGCUCUCUUGUGCUUCAUUCUUGCUUUUCUGGCUCGGACACUGCCUGAUAACUUCAAUGAAGCUAAAUUCAUCACAUUCAGUAUGCUCAUCUUCUGUGCUGUGUGGAUCACAUUUAUUCCAGCUUAUGUCAGUUCUCCUGGAAAAUUUACUGUAGCUGUGGAGAUAUUUGCCAUUUUAGCAUCAAGUUAUGGUUUAUUAUUCUGUAUAUUUGCACCUAAAUGUUACAUUAUUUUGUUUAAGCCUGAACAAAAUUCAAAGCAACAUGUGAUGGGAAAAACGCAAAUUAAAUCCUACUGA